CUAAUUCCGUCCAUAUAUAUAUAUAGGGUCUGAGAUCAUCAUUUUUUCUCCUCACCUGAUCGAUUCAAUCCCGAGAAAUCCAUCGCGGAAGAGCUCUCUCUACAUCGUUUUGGAAGCGAAAAAUGGCAGGAAAAUACAUCUGGUCUGCUCUAGUGGGAACCAUCGGCGUUGCAUAUGUCUGCGACACUAUCAUUUCCGACCAGAAGAUCUUUGGAGGUAGUACUCCUUCAACUGUCUCAAGAAAAGAAUGGUUGCUAGAGACUGACAAGAAGUUCCAGGCAUGGCCUCGUACUGCGGGUCCCCCAGUCGUCAUGAACCCCAUCAGCCGCCAGAAUUUCAUUGUCAAAUCCGGUCUCGAUCAAUAAAUCGCAACUUUUAUCGAUCUUUAUUUUUUGUGUGUUACCAUGAUAUAGGCAUGUUGACUAUAUCAUUGAUAAAACAAGGGAACACAAUGUGUGGAAUGAAAUCUUAUGUUUAUUAGAUUUUGCUGUUUUGAUUCUCUCCGCCCUUCUCAAAUGUAGACAUUCGGUGUUGGUGUUAUGCUGCAGAACAGCUAGUAAUAAGUGUUUUAUGCUUUGCAUACUUUUGAAAUUAUGUUUUUGAUUCAUUUAUGAUUUGAUUCAUGCCUUGUGAGGCAAUUGGUUUUA